CGUUUUUUUUUAUUUCGCACAAUCGUGCGGGGCUUUCUUUACAGAAGCGUCUCUAAUCCCUUUCUUUUUUUUUAAUUUGCAGCCCAAGCGUGCGCGUGCGGCGCUUUUUUUUAACCCUAGCUAAGCACGAAUUGGAACAAGCUAAGGACGACAAAUCUCAAGCGUCGUUGAUGACAUGCAGCCGCGCACCGACACAAAGCUCAAGCGUGGGUCGUUGAUUGUUUGAGCAGUCGUGCACCGUCUGUCCGCCUCCGUGCAUAUGCUAGCGCCGCCGCCGCCGUCUGAUCGAGCAGAUUGUUGGAACUGCACCGCCGCCGUCGGUCCGACACUUUCCCUGCUCGCUCGCCGUCGGUCCGACUCUGUCCCUGCUCGCUCACCGUCGGCUGGUCGCUCGGCUGCAACUGCUCCGGCACGCCGUCGACGGCUAUGGCUCGGCGUGGACUGUUCCAGCUCGGCGUGGACUGUUCCGGCUUGGCAUGGACUGCUCCGGCCAGCAUCGCAUAAAGGAGCCUGAGAGCAUGAAGCUGAGAUAUAGGAGGUGGGAGAGGACCAGAAAGGUUUAAGUUGGAAAUAUCCAGGGACACCACUGAAUUGUUGUACUCAUCACAAGUCACUCCUAUCCAGUUACUGCAUAGUUGGUUGAAGUUGGAGAGGUUCCAGCUUGAAAGAGAAAGAUUGUCUUGGGACUGGACAUUCUGUUUUAUAGAAACCAGAAUGGUUGCUUGUCUUUUCGCAGAUAUAAAAUGAACAUGAUGAGCUGAAAGAAAAGUGAGGAAAAUCAGGAAGAGGGAAUGCAUGAAGAAGAGAUGCAUAGUUGCAUACUUAGAGGAAGGAACAUGUGGGAAGUUCAAAACUCAAAAUUGCAUUGAACUCAUCUGAUUGAUAGCAAGAAUCAUGAUAGUACUGAAAAGCUAAGGGCUUUCACCAUCUUUAUUUGCAACAAUAUUAUUAUGUUUGGAAUAAUUUUAUAUAUUUAGUAUGACAAGCAAAAGCAAAAAAUAUAAAAUGCUAAAUCAUAAUGAACCAUGCAGGAUCCUAACCAGAUCGAUUCUGGGAGCAAAGUGCCACCAUGUAAGUUUCCUAUUCCUCUUCCCACCAUGUAAGUUUCCUAUUCCUCUUCUUGUGGAAGUGUUCUGUUAUGUAAAGGAUAUGCAAUUUGGUACCACUGUUGACCGUGAAGACGUGACUCAAUUUCUUGAGGGUGAUUCUGUUGACAUGUCUAUUAUUCAGACCUUUAUGCUUUGUUUAAAUGCUAAGUUGAUUGCGCUUGGUCGUGACAAUGUGGGUCUUUUGUGUCCCCAUAUUUUUUCUUUUGGAUAUUAUGAAGUCGAUAGAAAAGGCACACUGACUUACAUGAAGCAUGCUCUGAUUGAAUUCUUUGAGAAAAAUUUCAUUCUGUUGGCAUAUAAUGAAGGGUAUCAUUGGAUUAUGAUUGCAAUUUGUCCAAAGGUUGAUAAAGGCUAUAUCUUCAAUUCAUUGCCCAGUUCAUCCCAUAUUGCUAUUCAAAAGGAUUUGGCCAUGAUGUAUAGGGUUGCUUCCACACAAAAGGGUCGAGGCAAAUCAAUUAGUUGGCAUGACUGCAAGGUUUGGAAGUCAUGAACUGAUCCAUAUUCGAAGAAAGAGUUUGAUGAAAUCAGAAAUGUGUGGGCUAGAUUUUUUGUAGAUGAAGUUAUGAAUAUGUAGUAUUUUUACACAUUUGAAGUUAUGAUGUAAUUUCUUUUAAUUGUGAUGGAAUAUUUGAACUUUUAUGGAGUUGAAUUCUAAAUGAAACAAUUUGUACGUUUAAUAUGAAGUUUAUGAAUGAAUGGUCAUGUAAAUAAAACAGGA